GCCACACCAGCGUGCGUGGAGUCUAGGGAUUGGCAUCGGCCUUCGGCGUCACGAUCGGUUUAUCAUCAGCAUCCAAGGGAGAGAAAUAAGCAUGGGCGACUUGGACUCAAGAGGUCCGUAGGAGUUAUUGUUAUUUGACUUGUGGUGUAUCGCAACACAUACAACCACACUGGCAUUCAUGCAGGCGGCUUGCGGUGCAAGAGAAUAUACACACAGUGGUGCAGUCUUUCCAAACAAUCAGUCCAACCACCUUUGUGUAUCUACGGCAGCCCUCACACGCGGCGAAAGGAAUUCAACCCCGGAUCGUUUGACAUUAUAUGGCAGAGGACUAUACAUACAUAUUCGGGGAAAAUGUUUUUGUUUUCUUUUUUCUUUUGCAUUCUUGCAUGAACUGUCUUGUCGUGGGCAUUCGUUUUGGUUAGGAUUAUAUCCUCUUGGCGCCAUGUUAUAUUUAUACCCCUUCUUCAUCGCUUCUUUGAACGAGUUGCGACAAAUCUUCCAUUCAUCCGACAACGACAAACACAUCUGCUUAUCUUCUCGGUAUGACACCGCGAACAACAUGAAAAACCACGAGCAACCCCAGCCGGGUACCACCGAACCGAAACAAACCCCGACAAAACCUUUGUGGAAGGCAUGACGUUGGCAUAUGGUGGUGGAGUUCAUGUUCCCCAGGAUGAAAGGGACCACACUCUAUACUAGAUAUUCUAUUUCUUUUUGCUGCUUACUUUUCUCAUGUAACUCAUGGUUCCCUUUGCCUCGUCUGAUGUGCAACCAUUACUUCCAGAAAUGCGCAUUUCAAAACAGCAAGAGUGAGAGAUGGGCAGCAGAUGAGGGACGAAGCCAGAGUCUUUUGGAGGCCUGCAAUGACUGCGAUUCAAUCCAUCAGAAGCGUGAAUGGGAGAG